CGGCCCCAACUUCGUCAGUUGGAUUUCAGAACAUCAGACGGGCGGGCGUGUGUAGGAUGGAUCGUUAGCAAUAACAGCAGUUUUUUUUCAUUCCGCCUUCUAGCAGUGUUUGUUUAUUACCUUCCGGCACACUUUCCGUAAAUCCUUCUCGACAGUGGUGCUUUUAAUUUUUAUUUGGACGUUUAUUUUCUAUCUACUGUAAACGUCGUUCCGAUUUCACGUCGAGAAGGCGGCCGCACAAGUUUGAAAGCGGCUUUUCAAAAGUAGUACCACCUACUCGCAAUAUUUCAAUAUCGCUGUAUCAACGCAUCAAGCAAUUAUCAAGAUGGUGAAGAAGGUUUCAGAAGAGAGUGUAGAUAGCGGCGUCGGCCGCUGCAGCAGCCAGUCAGGCAGCGAGCGCGAGUCGGACGAGAGCCCGCGGACCGCCGAGCCAUCCGCGCCGGUACCCAUCCCUGACUCCGAUGACCUGGCACGCCGCAAGGAGGAGGCGCGCAGGAAGCGCCGCAGGAAGAAGCGCUCGGGCAGCUCGGUCGUCACAUCGUGUUUCCAAGGUAAUAGUCCACCCCACCUUACAUCCCCGCUGCAACUCCUGCUCAGACAGGAGCGACCGCACCGGGCCCAUCCCCGACUCUGCGCAGGAAGAAGCGCUCAGGCAGCUCGGAGCGACCGCACCGGGCCCAUCCCCGACCUUGAUGACCUGGCGCGCCGCAAGGAGGAGGCGCGCAGGAAGCGCCGCAGGAAGAAGCGCUCGGGCAGCUCGGUCGUCACAUCGUGUUUCCAAGGUAAUAGUCCACCCACCCCUCACAUCCCCCGCUGCAACUCCUGCUCAGACAAGAGCGACCGCACCGGGCACAUCCCUGACUCCGAUGACCUGGCGCGCCGCAAGGAGGAGGCGCGCAGGAAGAAGCGCUCGGGCAGCUCGGUCGUCACAUCGUGUUUCCAAGGUAAUAGUCCACCCACCCCUUACAUCCCCUGCUCCAACUCCUGCUCAGCCAGGAGCGGCCGCACCGGGCCCAUCCCUGACUCUGCAGACUUGGCGCGCCGCAAGGAGGAGGCGCGCAGGAAGCGCCGCAGGAAGAAGCGCUCGGGCAGCUCGGUCGUCACAUCGUGUUUCCAAGACCUGUACAAACUAACAGGCGAGGUGCUGGGCGAGGGCGCGUACGCCUCGGUUCAGACGUGCGUCAACAUCUACACGGAGCAGGAGUUCGCCGUCAAGAUCAUCGACAAAGUGCCGGGGCACGCCCGCGCCAGGGUGUUCCGCGAGGUGGAGACCUUCCACUACUGCCAGGGACACCCGAACAUAAUCCAGCUCAUUGAAUUCUUUGAGGACACCGACAAGUUCUAUCUUGUCUUCGAAAAGAUCAACGGCGGGCAGCUGCUGUCCCGCAUACAGGAGCACCACUACUUCUCAGAGCCGCAGGCGGCGGAGAUAGUACGGGAGCUUGCCAAUGCACUGCACUUCCUUCACGGGAAGGGCGUCGCGCACCGGGAUUUAAAGCCCGAGAACAUUCUGUGCGUGCACACUGAUAGACUGUGCCCGGUCAAGAUCUGCGACUUUGAUCUGGGCAGCGGGAUCAGCUUCACCUCCAGUCUUGCCAGCCCACUGGCCACUCCGCAGCUUAUGACACCGGUUGGUAGCGCGGAGUUCAUGGCGCCCGAAGUGGUUUCCCUAUUCGCGGGCUCGGCAGCAGCGCACUACGACAAGCGCUGCGACCUGUGGUCGCUGGGGGUCAUCGCUUACAUCUUGCUGUGCGGCUACCCGCCGUUCAGGGCUGACUGUGGCGCUGACUGUGGUUGGGAGCGCGGCGAGAACUGUCGCGCUUGUCAGGACCUGCUGUUCACCUCGAUACAGGAGGGUCGCUACUCGUUCCCGUCGGAGGAGUGGUCGCACAUCUCGCCCGAGGCGAAGGACCUGAUCCGGCAGCUGCUGGUGCGCGAGGCGGCGCAGCGGCUCAGCGCCGAGCGCGUGCUGCAGCACCCCUGGCUGCGCCGCGCCGACCCGCGCGCCGCCAGGCCCGCGCUGCACACCGCGCUCAACAUCAAGCGCAACAUGUCAGCGCGCAACCUGUCGAACUUCGCGGAGUCAGCGAUGGCUGUCAACCGCGUGAUCCAACAGCAUUUCUCCAUGAACUACUCGUACAUGGAGCGUCCGCCCGCCGUCCGGAACACAAAGUCCUGCUACCCGACCCCGGACGCGGCCAUAGCGGAGCUGGACGAAGCGGAGAAGGCAGUCCGCAAGAUCAACAUUCGGUGCGGAGAGGAAUACAACCAGCCGCUCGGGCUGUCUCCGCCUACUGAGUCGGAGCUCAUGCGUCGGCGCAUGCAGGCCAAGCCGCUGCCCGUGCACUAGCCCCGCCCACCCGCCCCUCCCCCUCCCCGUCUGCUACCAGAGUAAAUACAAAUGAGUAGGUCAUCUUCAUAGAAACGCACCGAGCGCGGUUUGUAUGUGAGCGCGCCAAUAUACGUAUGCGACAACCACGACUGGCUCCCCGCUAAUCGCCGCUAAAUAAAGUCAGUGUGUGCGCGCGCGCCGCAUACGUGUUGGCGCGCUCACAUACAAACCGCGCCCGUGCGUUUCUAUGAAGAUGACCUACUCAUUUGAAUUUACUCUGCUGCUACUGUCGUGCGCAGCCCCGACCUCUAGACUGUACAGUAACUUCAAACCCACCACGAUUUUAUGCCUCACGGAUGACGCGACCGAAGACCGAUGCGAGUCAACGAUUUCAAUUCCGCUGGACGUAAGAUCGAAGUAGCAAUAAGAUCAGGGUGUAACUCGACAUACGGCUAUAUCAAUCGACUAAUUUUAUUUUACCCGUACAUUGAUGUUUACCGCCUUUGCAUCACGUGACCUAUGAGGUUUCAAUACGGGGGUUCCGUAAGUCGAUUGCACUCAACAAGUUAUCCAACUUUCUUCUUCACCAUGGAAUAUUGGCAAAAGUGAGAGAGAUGGAUAAAGUCGAUAUAUCGAAAUUUACGAAGUAGAUAUCUAGAGCUAAGAAACUUCCACGAGUAGAUCUGUGGACUUAUUUAAGUAAGGAAGGUGUUUUGAAAUGUCAUGUCUUACUUAAUAGGCGUUACUUCAGUUCCUAAUACGCAGACGAAACCUCAGAUGCACAGUCGACUUAGUGAUUACGAGGCAGUCUGAAUCCGGUCGUUUGAAGUGUCAAUAAUCCGUCCGUUCUAGAAUCGGUUAUGAAUACAGGGUGGAAUCAAAAAUGAGCCAGCUUAGUGAACAUUCAUUAUUAUAAAUGAGUUAUCUCUUCGUGACUUACUAUAUUUAUAAUAAUGAACUCUUGUUUCUUAAAGAUUUGCGGCCGUGUUUGAUUUCACCCUGUAUGAGGGUAGUCGUCAAAUCGUCAAAAAUAUGCGUCAAAUCGACGGUUUUUGCAUUUUUAGCCCAACGUUUCCCAUACUAGAAUUUACGGGACUUGACACUACAAAUGGUCGGAUUUGGUCUAAACUUUGACACGAUAUCUCGGUUUUUCUUUCACAUACUCAAUAGCUGUGUUUAGCUAUAAAGUUUUUGAAAGAAACAUCGAGAAUCUCUUAGUGCGAUGGAAAUAUCUAGCGUGCAUACACUGUGACGACGCGAAUGGCAAAAAAUCGAUUUAAUAUUAAACCAGUGCCGGUCAAUGAUGAAAUCAUAAUCGCCGAUUUCCCAUCGUUGAAUUAUAUCCAAUCAUUGAAUGCAACAAUUACAUUCUUCUGGAUAAGUUAUUGUAUCGUACAAUGAUUAGAUGUUGAUUUAUGGAUGAUGAGAAACCUGUGGAGUCAUUUGACGCAAUCUGAGACCACUUAUUCUAAAAUAUUGUAGGGAUGCCGUAUGUUUAUUGAUCCGCCGCCAAAUCGCCGCUUUUGAUCCUAAGCAUGUUUAUCGUUCCGGCCUCGUAUCGUAUCUUUUUCUUACUCGUAAAGCGUUGUCAAUCGCGUGAUGUUAGCGCAGUAUAGCUCAAUACGAGUAAGGGAGAGACGGUGAUUUGUAAAAUACGUGACGAUGCCGGAUUGAUCCUGCGUACUCUCCGCGCCGGUUGCGGGUUGAUUCCCUUACAUUGACGUCACGCGGGAGAAUAGUGAUUAGAGAGCGGCGGUCUGGUGGCGCGUUGAUGAGCAUUCGGCUGUAGGGACACUCAAGUCAGACAGCCCGAGAUAGAUCUACGCACAAUGAAUCCAAGGUCUAAUUUUGCGUGAACGAUUACAGGCGGGCGCGUGGUAAUCCUGCUUGAAAAGUUCGCAAUGACGUACCUUUAUACAUUGUGGGUAGAUGUACCGCGCUGCGACUUGCUUGCCGGUCGCGCAGUGUGUGCGAGGGGAGGGGCCCCGUAGACUGUGCCAAUGGAAAUAUUCCACCAGUGAUAGAUCACUCGUAGAGCUGUAACGGUUUCAUUUGAGCCUUUUAAAGAUAUAUUUUUAUGAAUAAAUAAAAACGACUGAAUAGUUUUUAUCGAGUAGUAGAGUAUUUGUGAGUUAUGUUGAGACCGACGACGGUCGAUAAAAAUCGUAUUAUAUUGAGAUAGUUGUGCCGAUCUACAUACUUUAUUAUCUUUAUAGAGAUGAAAUGAAAUUUACUAUUAUUUUUGGAUUUCAGAAAUCCGUAAGCAAAUAAAUUCGAGAGCUUGUAAUGUGUGAAUCGCCUUUGGUUCGUCGUGGCCUAUCCUUUGCAAUAAAUAGAAAUUAUGUAAUUUUUGAUGGAGUUUUCGGAUACUAGUCUGUUUAUGUGAUUGUUUUUUUUUUUGCAUUUUACCAACAAAAUCCACAUCUCAUUAAUUAAGAUUGAAUCGACAGUGUUUUAUAUAAGAAAGUUAAGGGUAAUAUGUGACAUUUUUACUAAGAGGUGCAAGUGUAACUGUAGUUUCGCGUAAUUACUUUGAUCGGUUUACAUGUAAUAAGAAUAAAUUGCUUCGUGUUGUGCUGUACGGAGGGGCACUUGAGCUGAUGUUUGAAUGUCAUAUAUAUCUGACUCGAGCUGUGUUGGUAAGUUAAGUGUUGCAUGGGGUUCCAUGGAACUGCCAUAACAUUGUGAUCAGUUUGAAUACUUUUAUAUUGCUAAAAGAAGUGUUGAAAUAAUGUUAAGUGUAGACCUGCUAGACUGUACCCUGCGUAGAUCGUUGAUUGGAGAAAGGUUAAUAGUGCAUCACUUUUGGCUAUUUUAUUAUUGUUUAAAUUUCACAAAUUUUAUGAAUGUCAUUGUGAUUGAGAAUGUUAAUUAUAUUUUUAUUGGGUGGCUUUAUCCAAUCAAUUCUAAACUUACUUACGCAGUACUUUGUUAAAAUUUUGUUUUCGACUAAAUCUUUGAUUUGAACUGUCAUUGAAUUACAAUGUUUGAAUUUUUAUAA